AAUACCUACAUACUACAUACUUAGUGUUUAUUUAGUUUAUUUCAAUUAGCUUUAGUUAUUUUAGAUAAAUGCGCAUGUAUACACACGCACUCUGAAACAUCCUUAAAUCUUUCAAUCUUAAUUUCCAAGCUUAGUCGUUUUAUAAUAGAGAAAUGUUCUGUUUUUAUUUCAAACACAAAUCGGCUGCAAUUUUCAUGGCUGCUUUUACAUUGAUAACCGGUAUAACUGGAAUUUUAAUGUACACAGGAAGGUUACAUAAAAUAAAAUUAAACUUUGAAGAGGACUAUUUAUAUUUCUCUAUUUUUCAUUUGAUAGCGAGUAUUAUUAUAAUUAGUGGAUUAAUCUGGGAAGAGCCAAUCCUAAUUCUGUUAUACGAAGGGCUUCAUUUAGCUACUUUGACAGCAUUUUUGACGUAUACUGUAGUUUAUAUACCGGUGGGAAGAACUUUUGCAGUUAUCAUUGUUUCUUCAUGUUUUGUCGUUUAUUGCAUCUUCAACGUGUACCUUUACCAAGAAGAGAUGAAAUUAAAAAAGAAAUUUCAAAUGGGAAAAAUUUAUUUCAGUGAAAUCAUCUAUUUCCGUAACAAUAAUAUACAAUAAAUCUUAGAACGUACACAGUAAUAAAUACAAAAUAUUCUUUCUAUGUCUAGAUAUUUUCUCACUUCAUAAAAAUCACAAUGUUUAGCAGACAAAAAUUGUAAAAUCUAGCAAGCUACGCCCUGCGCACUACAAAUUGAGCAAUAGCUCAAAAUCGUUGGUGGAGAUAAAUGGAGCAUUUUUAUUUUGGGAUGGAUUUUUAAAACCUUAAAUAUUCCUAUACAAACCACCCCCCAAUCGCCCCCCCCCCAGUAUAUUACCAGGCCAUUUUGAUGAAUCCAGAUCAUAUGUAGGACACUCCCUGUAGUAAUCAAGGUUUUGUUCAUAUUUUGCUCUAUCAAGUCAGGAUUUUGAGAUACCUAUCCUAACUUUUAUAUACAAAAUGGUCCGUUUUAGUUACAUUUAGAUAAGUACCAAAUAAUCUAAUUAUUACAAAUUAGAAAUAUGUAUAAUAAUAACUGUUUUAAACUUUCAGGGUAUAUUUAAGAUUUAAAAGAAGCCCAAUACAAAAAUAAAAGCGAACAUAACUAUUUCCCCACCAACAGCUCAAAAUAUUCUUUAUUUUACAAUUUUAUCGUGUAAAAUUUUAUUUCAAAAUUGACAUUACCCAGCUGCUUUUUUAAUAGGCAUAAAUGCACAUUUUUAGUUAGGUACGUAUUUUAUUUAUUAUUAAAUGGCUAGUUUUAUUUAUUUUUACGUAUAGUUUAUAAGAAGAAGAAAUUAUUAACAUUAGGCAUAAAGAAAUAUUGCUGCUGCUUUAAACAUGUUCAGUUGAACUAGGUACAAAAUUUUAAUCAAAGAAUUAUUUCUAUAUUUCAUUAAAUACUACAUAUCAGAUUAAUUUCGAAUGGGUUAUGAAUUUUGGGUAUAUAACUCAUUUAUAUCUUGUAACUCUACGAUACUCUGCAGUGGUGUCAUUUUUAGUAACACGAAUCUUAUGGAAAAAAUUUUCCUCAUGGCAUCUCCACAGAUACCUCCAUAAUCAGAUGAGAGCUAUUUAAAUUAUACAUUGGCAUUUCUCUUUUCUGAUACGAAUGUGUAUACUCGUAUUAUAAACAUGUUCUAUUCACAAGAAAGUGUUUUAUUUUUUUUAAUAUCGCAAAAUUCAAUGUAACUUUUUUGUCCGACAAUGUCAUUUAUAUCAUUUUCCUCUACCAUUUAAUAAUAAUUUAAAUUUUUGGGACUUAUAAGCUAAGCUAUACAUAUAUAUUGUUAUUGUCUUAAUUCCAAAAGGAACCAACCCUGCAAUGGUCAACAUCAAACACAAAUAUCAAGAUUUCAAGAAAUAAAUUUUAAAAAAUGUAACGAAAAACUUAAUUUUAUAUAACUUUCAUUAAAUAUAGAAAAAGAAAAUAUAUUUAUUCGACCGGAUUUAGGCCCAUGUUAAUAAUAAUUAUAAAUAUCCUGAAUGUAUCAUUGUCUUUUAACAAAUGGUCUGGGUCACUAAUUAUAAAUAUCUACAAAAUAGAAAAUUUUAACCUUUUAUAAGCAGUUCAAUAUUUUUUUAUUACUAUUUAUUAAUAUCUUUCUUCUUUUUUAUUUAUAUUCGUUGCAUUUAGUCUCUUCAGUUUCAUUUCAUAAAAUUUUUAUUGACUAACGAAGUCUUUAAUUUCCUAUCUAAAUUUUCAGCGAAGUAUUAAUUUAUUUAUUAUUGAUCUAUUUGUACAAAUAAAAAAAAAUUAAGAACAGUUCAUGUUCUUUGUACCUGUAAUUCUAACGAAACCUGUUUGAAAAACAUCUUUAUCGCUAGCCGAGUUGAUAUAAUAAGUAAGCAGUUUUUCUGCGGCCAAUGGAUGCCACACACCGAAAGUACACGAAGGGUUAUCUUCGGGAUCGUAGUAGUGACAUCUUUUGGUUACUCUCACAGAUGGGACGUAUUCGAAUAUAUCUACAAAGCCGCAAUAAGGAAGAA